UUUGUAGUCAAUUCGACUGUCUUUAUUUAGUGGUUCACUCGUAGGCCCUGAAGCACUACUUCACGCACGAAUCCACCGUGAAACAUUUGUAUUCAUAUACACAUACUCAGGAUAUCUGAUUGGUGCACACACAUUGAUUUCAUUACUUCUGUCGGAAAGAAUUCAAGCGUGUGUGUGUGCACCCGACUUUUCUCUCUCUCUCUCUCACACAUAUAUAAAUUUAUCUACAAAAAAAUACUUUCGAAGUACGCAAAACUGAUUGCGACAUAUACGUGCUCUCAAAAACUGGUUCGGUUCUGCUUGAUGUUGGUUGGAAGGAAUGAAACAAAUCGCCAGCCCAUGACCUAAACGCCAAAAGCUAAACGAAAACAGAGAGGAAAAAGAAAAACGGGAAAAACAAAAUUAUACAGAACUACCCCCUCUACACAACAAUGGCUUCACUAAGCAGAAAUCUGGGGAGUUUUCGACACCUCUGUCUACGUAAUCGUCUCUGUAAGAUCUACGACAUCCGAGCAGUGACUUCCAACAACAGUUUCAGUCGAGGCCAGGCCAUGGGACAACUACCGGCAGUUUACAUGCUGUCUCGUAGGGAUUCAUCCAGUUUGUUGGCCAAGAACUAUCCCGAGUUUGAAAUGUUCCAGUCCAGGCAUUUAGGUCCCCGCGUAAAGGAGACGCAAGCCAUGUUAGAGUUCAUUGGUUAUUCUGAUAUGGACUCUUUCAUUGGCAAGACAGUGCCCGCAUCAAUACACCUUAAGGAAGAUCUCAAACUUGACAGUCCUUUGGGAGAAAGCCAGGCUCUGCAAAAAUUACAAGAAAUUGCUCAGAAGAAUGCGGUAUGGAAGAACUACAUUGGCAUGGGUUACUAUAACACACACAUGCCAUAUACCAUCAUGAGAAACUUGUUUGAAAAUGUAGGAUGGCUGACCCAAUACACUCCGUACCAGGCUGAAAUUUCACAAGGGCGACUUGAAAGCUUGACAAACUAUCAAACAAUGAUCUCUGACAUGACCGGGCUGGAGUUUUCUAAUGCCUCCUUACUGGACGAGGGAACAGCAGCUGCUGAAGCUAUGACCAUGUGUGUCAGACACAACAAGAGGACAAGGUUCUAUGUAGAUGUCAACUCUCAUCCACAGACAAUUGCUGUGAUGGAAACCAGAGCCAGGAUGCUGAAUCUGGAUGUGAUCGUUGAAGAUGCUGAGAAGAUGGACUUCAGUCACAAUGACAUUACUGGAGUCCUGUUGCAGUACCCUGAUACCAAUGGUAAAGUUCAGGACUUCGGUGAUGUCAUCAGUAGGGCACAUCAGGCCAAGACCCUUGUUACCCUUGCUACUGAUCUGUUAGCGCUGACCCUGUUAAAGUCCCCAGGAGAACUUGGUGCCGACAUUGCAGUUGGUUCAAGUCAGCGUUUUGGUGUUCCCCUUGGAUAUGGUGGGCCACAUGCUGCUUUCAUGUCCACCAAGAACACAUUCCGUCGGAGCAUUCCUGGACGUCUUGUAGGAGUGACCAGAGAUGCGCAAGGUAACCCUGCAUACCGUUUGGCUCUACAGACCCGCGAACAACACAUUAGGAGAGACAAAGCUACCAGUAAUAUAUGUACUGCUCAGGCACUCUUGGCUAAUAUUGCUGCCAUGUAUGCAGUUUACCAUGGACCAGAAGGACUUAAAGCUAUUGGUAACAAAGUACAUUACGGAACUCUUCUCUUAAAAGAAGGUGUCCGUCAAGCUGGCCACACUCUUCACACUGACCUUGUCUUUGACACAGUGAAGUUCCUCCCAAAAGGUGACUUAACAGCACUGAAACAGAGAGCAAAUGAGAAAAUGGUCAAUUUGAGAUACUUCCAAGAUGGAUGGGUUUCUGUCUCUAUGGAUGAAACAGUUUCUGUGAAGGACCUCAACGACCUCCUCACCAUUGUUGGAUCACCUAAAACUGCUGAAGAACUGUCUGGAAUUAUUGGUGAAAAGCCAGUUGACAGUAUUGGUCAAAGCCAUUUAAAAAGGACAUCUACAUAUCUCACACAUGCUGUUUUUAACAGAUAUCAAUCUGAGACCAACAUUGUACGUUACAUGAAAGUGCUGGAAAACAAAGACCUCUCACUGGUUCACUCAAUGAUACCUCUAGGUUCCUGUACCAUGAAACUGAAUGCUUCUUCAGAGCUGAUUCCAUGUUCCUGGAAUGAAUUCGCAUCUAUGCAUCCAUUUGCACCCAAGGAACAAGCUGAAGGUUACAUAGAGAUGUUCAAAAGCCUCGAGAAAGAUCUCUGUGAGAUUACAGGCUUUGACAAAAUCUCUUUCCAACCGAAUAGUGGUGCUCAGGGUGAAUAUGCAGGACUGUGCACCAUCAUGGCCUACCUCAGUGACCAUGGUGAAACAGAGAGAAAUGUAUGUCUAAUCCCUAUCUCAGCCCAUGGAACCAAUCCUGCCAGUGCACAGAUGGCAGGCAUGAAAAUUCAAGUCAUCCGAGUUGCAGCAGAUGGAGCAAUUGACAAGGAACACCUCAUAGAAAUGGUGGAGAAAUAUAAGGAUACCCUUGCUUGUUUAAUGGUGACUUACCCUUCUACUCAUGGGGUGUUUGAUGAGGACAUCAGGGAAAUUUGUGAUUUGAUUCAUUCUCAUGGUGGUUUAGUUUAUUUGGAUGGUGCCAACAUGAAUGCUCAGGUUGGUCUGUGUCGUCCUGGAGACUAUGGUGCUGAUGUAUGCCAUCUAAAUCUUCACAAGACAUUCUGCAUCCCCCAUGGUGGUGGUGGUCCAGGAAUGGGUCCAAUCGGAGUGAAGGAGAAGUUAGCGCCCUAUUUGCCAGGCCAUCCUGUUGUGGAUCCCUUUGAUUCUGGUGAAUCCAGCAGCAAAUCUCUAGGGGUGAUCUCUGCAGGUCCCUAUGGUUCCAGUCUGAUUCUGCCGAUAUCCUGGACCUACAUCAAAAUGAUGGGUCCUCAGGGUUUGAAGAAAGCCUCACAGCUAGCAAUUCUCUGUGCCAACUACAUGAGUUACAGACUGAGGGGACAUUACAAAACACUCUAUACCAACAAAAAUAAUCUGGUGGCCCAUGAGUUUAUCGUAGAUUGUAGGCCUUUCAAGAAACUUGCCAACAUUGAAGCUGUUGAUAUUGCCAAAAGACUGCAAGAUUAUGGUAAGUUUGUUUUUCAUUUCUCAUUAAUUCCUGUUAUCCUUGAUAAUGUCGAGGCAAAAUGCUGGCGCAGCUAUUAGCACAUAACCAUGAGG